AUGGUCUUUGAUUUCUUGGGAUUUUUGUUGAGCUUGCGCAACCCGUCAAUGGUGGCGACCGGCUCGGAGUUUUCGACAGACUGGGCUGUCUCGGUCUCUGCGGUGCUCGACGAGCCGCUGUUUGUCUCUGUGAAAUCCGCCGAGAUGGACGUCACUUUAGGAGAGUGCGACUUGGGCAGGUCUCUAAUGGCCGAAACAGACAUCUUGGACAGUUUUUCUUUGAACAAGGCCCGGGCAUCGCCGAUCAUGAGCGGACAAACUUUCGGGUUCUCGAUGUCGUCUUCGUCGUCGACGUCCUCUUUGCCCAUUUCGAUUUGGCUGCCAUCGUCGUGGAUUACAGGGCACCGUUUCACAGUAACAGGAGACUUCUCAACCGUUGGAGACUGCUGCGCAGGACAUUCUCCGGCCUGGCCUGUGAUUGGACACUUUGAGCCCGAGGCAGGCUUGUUGAACACCAUUGCCGUUUCAAGGAACUUCUUGAGCUUGCUGGUGUGCUCGUUGCUUUUUUCCUUUGGCACUUCGUGGGUUUUGUUGUGCUGUCUAAUUCGACUCAUUCUAAAAUCGUAG